CUAUUGAAGAAGCUCCUUCACGAUCCUGCGCCCUUCCUCCGCCACUGUCAGCAUUAUGUUGCGGGUUCCAUCAUGGACACCGUGUACGGCAUUGAGAUAGAAGAUGAGGAUGACAAGUUCAUCAGCAUCCUAGAAAGGGGUUCGGAGAUCUUCGGCGAGGUGAUGGCACCCGGACAAUACGUCGUCGAGCUCUUCCCCAGCCUGGCGCGGCUCCCAUCCUGGUUCCCUGGUGCCGGGUUCAAGAAGAAGGUGCCAAUGUGGCGGGAUGUCAUAACCGCCGUCAGAACGGUUGCAUACGAUGCCGCUUGUGCAGCGAUAGCUCGAGGAGAUGCGCGGCCAUCUGUAACGUCCUCCCUCAUAGAUCAAGCCAUCCGUGACAAUGGCGCCGUAUCCGCGGAAGAUGAAGAGCUGUACAAAGAUGUUACAGCUCUCGCUUACGCUGGUAAAUAUUCUCAUACAUUUACGACCCUUGCUGCCUUUAUUCUUGCAAUGCUCACACAUCCUGAUGUUCAAUGCAAGGCGCAGGCCGAAAUUGACAGGAUCGUCGGCCCCGACCAGCUGCCUGAUUUUUCCCAUCGAGAGUCUCUUCCCUACGUCAACGCGGUUAUGAAAGAGUGUUCUCGGUGGCAUACCGUCCUGUUACUGGGUAUUCCUCACCGAGCCAUUGAGGCCGACCAAUUCAAGGGCUACCUAUUGCCCGCAGGCUCAGUACUCAUUGCAAAUGCCUGGGCGAUGUCGCACGACCCUGUCGCUUAUCCAGAACCUGACAAGUUUAUACCGGAACGUUUCUUGAAGGACGGCAAGAUUGAUUUGACCGUGAGGGACCCGUUGAGUUUUCAGUUUGGUUUUGGCCGCAGGAUGUGCCCUGGGAUGCCGUUCUCUCAGGAGUCGUUGUUUAUCGCGAUCACGUCCAUAUUGCAUGCCUUGGAUAUCAAAGCACCUGCAGGCGCCGACGAAUCGUUGAAUUCAAUACUCACGGAAUCGAAGACACCGUCGAGUAACUUUCUCUCGUACGUCUUGAAAGAUCGCUCGUAG